AUGUAUAACUCUGAAUACAACAUCGAUGCAACUCAGUUCCUGAAUAACUCCUUCAAAAUCGAGGUUCCGACAGUUGGAGCCACAUCCACUGUAUCUGUUAUCCUCCCUGAUGGACACUACAGCUAUACCGAUAUUAAUCGAAGCAUUCAGACGGCUCUCGUAAAUGCUGGAGCCGCUACUCCAACGACACUUCCUACAGCCGGUGGCACUUGGACACGACCAGCAAGUGGGCUUUAUUCGUCAGGCGGUACUGGUUUGCCAACAACAACGCGUGUCACUCGCAUCAUCAUUGAUAACGCCUCUUUUGGUAAAGUAGUAGGAUUGACUGCUGGUACGUAUCCUUCAGCGUCUGCAACGGUUUCAAGUGCUCAGCUGUCAAAUACCAUUCCUCAGAUUCACCCAAUCUCGAGCUACAUCGUUCGAUGCGACCUGAUCAAAAACGAGUAUGUAGGUCAAUUAAUCAGCUAUAAGCCGAGUCAGUAUGCUUGGAUGAACUGUCAUAACGGCGCGAGAACGUCUAUUACGAUCAGUAUUUAUAAUCAAAACGAUCAAAAGGUUAAGUUCCGUGAUACUUCUGUCUCGAUCAUGUUGUUGUUGAGGCCAAAAAAAUAA